AUGUUCGUUCACGGCCCGAAAAUUGUCCAUCAAAGAUCCGAAAAUUCAGAGGAGGCCAGCGAUGAAGAGCAAACAGGAGACGUUCUCCAGAGGAGGCGAGAAGAAUGUGAGCGCAAAGCAAGACGAGGGGAGAUGGAUCCGCGGCUGGAAUUUGCUUUCCAACUUUUGAUGGAUGCAACGGGCUUGCCUAGACACCAAGUCAUGGAUCACGUAUUCGAGGGUGACAUGCUCGACGAGAUUAAUCAAUUGUUUUUGCCACACAUGAAGGCCACCCUAAUGUGGUUUUAUCAGGAGAUGGAGGAGCCUGAAAUACAACGAUCUACCGAAAUAGGGCCUACGAAAGCAACUAAUGCGCGAGUCCAAGCAAACGCAGCCGUGACCAAGGUCAAGGAAGUCAAAGAACCGAAGGAACCACCAAAGAAAAAAUUGUUUCUCACCGAUGGUUGGCAGAUGGCCUGCACGGGAAUCUGCAUCUACAUGUUUCGGAUCAACAUUUCGAAGCAGUUGCCAGAGGAAGGUUUUCAAAAAGAUCUGUAUACCGGUGUGAUCGACGCGACAAAGGUUGGCAUCAUACCUUACAUCCAGCGCGUCAUCGAGAGAGUGUUUAUGGAUGCUCUUGCCCAUCCUGGUGCCGAAGACGAAGACGACUGUCCAAUGAUCAAGAGCAUCCUCCUACCAGGAUUGAGAUCAUUCUGCAGUGCGCUCAAAGUUUGCGAGGAGGUGGCACACGACGACAGCAUAUUCGACGAUGGUCAGGUGCUGAUGGAAGAGGUGCACAAUGCUGAAGCUGCAAGAAGUUACGUAGCAAAGAUCGGUAAUGUCGAGACUGUGGAGAAGCGCGUGCGUGCUUGGAUAAAAAAACUCAAGGACUUUAUGCUAGAAAGUAAGCAAGUUAGAAGGGAAAACGACAGCUCGGGACCACAGCAAGAGCUUGAGUACUGGAAGAGGAGGGGUGCGCAAUUCAGUCAACUUGUGGCGAGACUUCAGGACAAUGAGGUGAAAAUGUCUUUGCUCUGCCUACAAGUUUCCAAAUCAAAAUUACUUAAAGACUGGGAUGACGUCAAUGAAGAGGUAACUUACUGUUUCAAUGAAGCCAAAGAUAACGCCAAAUUUAUUCAAGCACUAGAAAAGUGCUGCCACUGUCUCUAUUUAGAUAAUCCAGUUAGGAUGCGAGACUCUCUGGUAUCUCUGUUGCAAACUGUUAGGUUAAUUUACAGUGUCUCUAGAUAUUACAACACUUCGGAAAGGACAAGUUCUCUCAUGGUAAAAAUCACUAAUCAAAUGAUAGCAGCCUGCAGAGAUUACGUAACUAUGCGCGGACGUGAAACCGUCUGGGGACAAGAUCGAUCAGUCGCUAGGCAAAAACUCAAACAUUGUCUCAAACUCAACAAGGCCUACAGAGAAACUUAUCGGUUGGUUCGCUGUUCUCCUGCUAUUACAGAAGAAGAAUUUUCAUUUUCAGAAACGCACGUAUUCGGUCGAUUUGAUUCAUUUUGCGCAAGAAUACGCAAAAUAUUAACAAUGUUCGAUUUGAUAGAAGAUUAUCAGAAACUGUUUGAAAGGAGAAUGGAAGGCUUACUUUUGGGAGAAGCUCUUGACGAAACAAUCAAAACGUUCGAGGAAGCAAAGAAACUCGCUACAAGCAAAGGAUAUGACUAUUUAGAUCCUCGCAAUGCUGACUUUGAUCGAGAUUACGAUGUUUUCAUGUCAAGGAUUGAUGCCUUAAAGAAAAAUAUUGGCAAUACCAUUGAGAAAAAUUAUGUGGACGUAUGGGAAACGCCACAAGGAAUUCGUUUCUUAACUCGUUUUGAAAAGGUUAACGAGAAAAUUCCUUUGACGAAAUUGGACGAAAAAUAUAAUUUAGUCGUGAAAUACUGUGACAAGGAAAUAGAUCGCACGCUGAGAUUAUUUAAAAAGCAAAGAGAUGAUCCUCCUUUGCCCAGACACUUGCCGCCGAUUGCAGGAAGAUUAAGUUGGACUAAAUCAUUAAAAAUACAUUUAGAUGAAUUGGCGACUUCAGUUUCAAAUCAUCCCAUAUUAAAGACAUUACCUGCAACUGUCGAUUUGGUGAAAAGAUAUAAUCAUGCAAUAACUGUGAUUAUUCAAUAUCAAGGUGAUAUUGUUGAAGUCUGGACACAUCAGAAUUCUUGGGUUGUCGAAGACUGUUUGAAAAAGAAUUUACUAACGAUAGCAGAAUCGAACAGAAAGAUAAAAGUGAACUUGCAAAAGCGCAUAGUACUUCUAUUGCGCGAAGCUGAUUGUUUAGCAAAACUAGAACUAGAAAUACCGAUAGUUGCUAAAACAAUACUAGCCAAAAAGGAACACUUUACUUUAGUUAAAGAUUCAUUACAAUUGGUUAUAGAAGACUUUGUCCAAACAGCAAGGCGUGUAAAAUUGGAAGUACGACCUCUGUUGUUGCCUCAUCUAGUGCGAGUUGCUUCGUUAUUCAAACCUGCAUUGGUUUCACUUACGUGGAUAAAACCUGACUGGAAAGAUUUUUGCCAAAAUACUCAUGAGCAAAUAAAAACCUUUAAUAUUUUAAUAACCAGAGUGCAUGACGUUUACACUAACCGAAUUCUCCAAGUAUUAGCAAGUAUGCAGAAGACAACACUUCACGCUUUACCAGAGGCUGAGCCUUGGAGUGUUGAGGGUUUUUUGGAGAAAACCGAAGAAGCGUGUAGAACUGCUGCCGUAGAUUUGCAUAGAAAGAGCCUGAUGGUGGAGGAAGCAGUAGAGGAAGUUCUUGAACUCGUAAAAAAUGCCGCGGAAAAUUUCAAAGGUAUCCUCGACACUGAUCAAUUUAGCUUCCUCGAUGAAGAAUCAAGUGAAGUAUCGCAACAACAACAACAGGAUUGGUCUAUUGUGUGGGCAUACUUCGAUGAUCCGCAUCAACUUUUAGCUACGCCAGAAGGAAGCCUUUCUAAAGGAAUGCAGGAAAUGGUGAGAAAUGCCGUCUCUGAAAUGAGAAGCUAUUAUUCAAGAAAAGUUGUCGACGUAUUAAUAAAAGUCACAAAAACCUCACUUGAUUUGAUAAGACGACGAUUCUCUCGAGAAAUCGAUGAAGACGAUGUAUCAUGUCCUGUAUUUCUAUUGAAUGCUACCCUCAUGAUACCGUCAGUAUUAGUCAAACCUAGCCUUGAUGAUGUCCAAGAAGCUUUAAUGAUUAUUGGAAAGACUAUUGCCGGAGUUGCCAAAGGCGUUGCUCAGUGGGACGCUAGUCGUAAAGAUAAAAAUGACAAGCCCUCUUGGCGCUCAUUACCCUGGGCUCCUAAAAGAAAUUUAUUGGAUGUAGUUAACAAAGCUCAAGAUGAAAAACGAAAUCUGGAAAGUCAGGAAGAUGCAAAAAUGCGUCGAAGAAGGUUAUACAAAAUUGUAUCUGAAGAGAAGCCAUCGUUUCCAAUUCAAAAGCGCAAUUUCCACUCUGUAAUUAUGGAAAACAAAGAAAUCGUCAAAAUGUUUUCAAUGUUAAGCACUUGUACUCAAGAACUUCGACAAGAUUUGGCAGACUUCUUGAAUCGGUGGAAACCAUAUAACUUUCUUUGGAAAAGUGAAAAGAGUAUGCGAGAGCUUUUGCAGAUAUCGUUAACAGAAUUCGAAAGCACUUUGAGAAAACAUGGAGAGCUUGAAGACAAAUUAGCUACAGAGCCUGAUUUGAUAGUAUUUGGAUCUUCUAUUGCCGUUUCGACUGAAAAGUUGAAAUAUGCUUUACUCACUGAGAUAAAAAACUCUACACAUAAAAUUGGGCAAGCAAUUAAAAAGAAAUACAGAAGAGAAAUGGAAUACGUGUAUGCUGUAAUGAACGAAAUGGAUAGAAAAUUAGACAGGCAAAUUCGUGACCUCGACGAUGUCCGUUUGAUUAUGGAUACAUUGAGAAAAAUUCGAGAGCAAGAAGUUGACAUGGAACUGAGAAUUGAUCCCAUUGAAGAAGCUUUCAAUAUUGUAACUAGAUACGAAGUCCCCGUAGAUCGUGAAUGUCUUGAACAAGUAGAUAAUCUUAGGUACACUUGGCAGCAAUUGCAAGCACGAGCCUUAGACAUUCACGUGCAGCUUCUAGCCCUUCAACCGCAAUUCGAGGAAGAGUUGCGUAACAAUCUUGACAAAUUCCGUACAGAUAAUGGAGACUACUGCGAAGAAUAUCGCUUAUCUGGACCAAUGCAGCCAGGAUUGACGCCCCGCGAAGCCUCUGACAGACAAAUACUUUUCCAAAAUCGAUUCGACGGUAUGUGGCGCAAGCUACUUACUUAUCAAAGUGGUGAAGAAUUGUUUGGUUUGCCUAUUACCGAUUAUCCGGAACUAUCGCAAAUCAGAAAGGAACUUAAUCUUUUACAAAAAUUGUACAAGCUUUAUAAUGACGUGAUUGACCGAGUUAGCAGUUACUAUGACAUUCCUUGGGGCGAGGUUAACAUUGAAGAAAUAAACAAUGAGUUGAUGGAAUUUCAAAAUCGCUGCAGAAAAUUACCAAAGGGUCUAAAAGAGUGGCCAGCUUUCUUUGCUUUGAAAAAAACAAUCGAUGACUUCAACGAUAUGUGUCCAUUACUUGAAUUAAUGGCUAACAAAGCAAUGAAACCUCGACACUGGCAGCGAAUUGUCGAGGUAACUAAUCACGUGUUUGAUCUCGAGAGCGAGGGAUUUUGCUUAAAAAAUAUACUCGAAGCACCUUUAUUGAAACAUAAAGAAGACAUUGAAGAUAUUUGCAUCUCGGCAAUGAAAGAAAAAGAUAUUGAAGCUAAAUUAAGACAGGUUGUGAACGAAUGGUCUGCAGCAGAGUUGUCUUUCCAAGUUUUCAAUAACAGAGGCGAACUACUGCUUCGUGGUGAUUCGACUGCAGAGAUCAUCGGGCAAUUAGAAGACAGCCUUAUGAUUUUGAGCUCUUUAAUGUCAAAUCGAUACAAUGCUCCUUUCCGCAAGCAGAUUCAACAGUGGUUAGGUGAUCUAUCUAAUACCAACGAGAUUCUCGAACGCUGGCUUCUUGUGCAAAAUAUGUGGGUAUAUUUGGAAGCAGUAUUUGUCGGUGGUGAUAUUGCCAAGCAACUUCCAAAAGAAGCAAAGCGAUUUAGUAAAAUUGAUAAGAGCUGGCAAAAAAUAAUGCAAAGAGCACAUGAAACUCCAGGAGUAGUCCCUUGCUGUGUAGGUGAUGAUUUAUUAAAGCAACUGUUACCUCAUCUGCAGGAGCAACUGGAAUUAUGUCAGAAAUCUCUAAGUGGAUAUCUAGAGAAAAAACGAAUGAUGUUCCCUAGAUUUUUCUUUGUCUCCGACCCAGCUUUAUUGGAAAUUUUAGGCCAAGCGUCCGAUUCGCAUACCAUACAAAAUCAUUUAUUAUCCAUUUUUGACAAUACAAGACAUGUGAAAUUUCAUGAUAUUGAAUACAAUAAAAUAACUGCAAUUAUUUCAUCGGAAGGAGAAAUUAUUCAACUGGAAAGAGCUGUUCGAGCUGAAGGUUCUGUCGAAACUUGGCUUACACAACUGCUACAAACUUCUCAACAAUCUUUACAUUCCAUCAUUCGUCAAGCAUAUACGAUGAUUAAUGAUCCCAAUUUCAAUCUUCUUGGUUUUCUUGACAAAAUGCCUGCUCAAGUUGGUUUAUUGGGUAUACAAAUGAUAUGGACUAGAGAUGCUGAGGUAGCUCUCAUGCAAGCUCGUGCUGACAAAAAAAUCAUGGGAGAAACCAAUAAUCGCUUUUUGGAGCUGCUAAAUACGCUUAUUGACCAGACAACAAGAGAUUUGACGAAAAUUGAUAGAAUUAAAUUUGAAACCCUUAUAACGAUUCACGUUCAUCAACGUGAUAUUUUCGACAUUUUAUGCCGUCUGAAUGUCCGCUCGGUAAAUGACUUCGAGUGGCUGAAACAGUGUAGAUUUUAUUUCAAAGAGGAUUUGGACAAAACUUCUAUAUCAAUAACCGACGUGGUCUUUGUCUAUCAAAAUGAGUAUCUAGGUUGUACUGAACGUUUGGUUAUCACUCCUCUUACCGAUAGAUGCUACAUAACAUUAGCACAAGCAUUGUCAAUGUCUAUGGGUGGUUCGCCUUGCGGACCCGCUGGCACGGGUAAAACGGAGACUGUAAAAGAUAUGGGUAAAACUCUAGCUAAAUACGUUGUUGUAUUUAACUGCUCAGACCAGAUGGACUAUCGAGGACUCGGGCGCAUUUACAAAGGACUAGCACAAAGUGGCUCUUGGGGAUGUUUCGAUGAAUUUAAUCGAAUAGAAUUGCCUGUGCUUUCAGUGGCAGCUCAGCAGAUUGCUGUGGUUUUAUCAGCUAGAAAGGAGAAGAAGAAACAAUUUUUUUUUACUGAUGGAGAUGAGGUAGACUUGUGCCCAGAGUUUGGAAUUUUCAUCACAAUGAAUCCUGGCUACGCGGGAAGAAAGGAAUUGCCCGAGAAUCUCAAAAUACAGUUUCGUACAGUGGCAAUGAUGGUACCUGACAGACAAAUCAUAAUAAGAGUCAAAUUAGCCAGUUGUGGCUUUUUAGAAAAUAUAACGUUGGCUCGAAAAUUCUAUACUCUAUACAAACUUUGCGAGGAGCAGCUUACAAAACAAGUACAUUAUGAUUUUGGGUUGAGAAAUAUAUUGUCUGUAUUACGAUCAUUAGGAGCUGCUAAAAGAACUAAUUCAAAAGAUUCAGAAAGUACAAUUGUAAUGAGAGUUUUAAGAGACAUGAACCUAUCAAAAUUAAUAGAUGAAGAUGAGCCAUUAUUUAUAUCUUUGGUGGCUGAUUUAUUUCCAAAUCAAGUUCUCGAAAAAACAGCCUAUCCAGAACUUGAAGCCGCUAUUGAAAAACAAGUUGAAGAAGAUGGAUUAAUAUAUCAUCCUCCUUGGGUAUUAAAACUCAUUCAAUUAUAUGAAACUCAAAGAGUCAGGCAUGGCAUCAUGACAUUAGGCCCUACUGGUGCAGGAAAAACCACUUGCAUUCAUACACUAAUGAAAGUUCUCACUGAAUGCGAAGAACCACAUCGGGAGAUGAGAAUGAACCCAAAAAGUAUAACUGCGGCACAAAUGUUUGGGCGAUUAGACGUUGCCACAAAUGACUGGACGGAUGGUAUCUUUUCGGCUCUUUGGCGAAAGACUUUAAAACCGAAACAAGAUGAACAUAUUUGGCUCGUUCUUGAUGGACCAGUUGACAGUAUAUGGAUCGAAAAUCUUAAUUCGGUGCUCGAUGAUAAUAAAACAUUAACGCUGGCCAAUGGUGAUCGACUACCGAUGUCUCCAUCGUGUAAAAUUAUAUUUGAGCCGCACAACAUUGACAAUGCUAGUCCAGCAACUGUUUCGAGAAAUGGUAUGGUCUAUAUGAGUUCAUCUGGAUUGGACUGGGAUCCUGUUGUGACUGCUUGGCUUAAAAGAAGAACAGCGUUAGAAAAAGAAGUUUUCGAACAAUGCUUUCAUGAAACUUUUCCACAGAUUUACUCAUGGAGUACUCAAACUUUAGUGUUUGCAAUAAACGUAUUGCAGUGUAAUAUCGUUCGACAGAUACUAUAUUUACUAGAAGGAUUAAUACCUGCAGAAGUAAUAGUCGAAGAAGAAGAAAAAGAGCUCGAAGAAGAAUUUGAACACCUUAAAACCACGCCGAUGACCGCUGAACAACUUUGUCGCUUUUAUUCAUUUGCUUUGGUGUGGAGUAUUGGUGGUUUACUGGAGAAAGAUGAUAGACAAAAAUACGAUGAUUAUCUUCGACAAAACAUGCAAUCUCUUGACUUGCCUUAUUCACAGAAGAACUCCAAAGCUACUGUUUUUGAUUACUAUGUUAACGAAAAAGGUAAAUGGGACUCUUGGACAAGCAUGUUAACAAAUUAUGUGUAUCCAGAGUACGCAACGCCUGACUUUAGUAGCAUAUUGGUACCUAUACCCGAUAAUGUAAGGAUAGAAUAUUUAAUAGAUUUGAUUGGUAAGCAGGAUAGAGCAGUAUUGUUAACAGGCGAGCAAGGCUCUGCCAAAACAGUAAUGAUGAAAGCGUACAUGAAAAAAGCUAAUCCGGAUACGACGCUCAGCCGAUCAUUCAAUUUUAGCUCAGCCACAAGUCCCCAUCAGUUUCAGAAAACAAUUGAAAGUUACGUUGAGAAAAGAAUGGGCAUGACUUUUGGUCCUUCAAGUGGUAAAAAGAUGAUUGUUUUUAUUGAUGAUAUUAAUUUACCAGAAAUCAAUGAAUGGGGUGAUCAGGUUACCAAUGAAAUAGUUCGUCAAACAAUGGAUAUGAAAGGAUUUUACUCGCUUGAAAAGCCAGGAGAUUUCACAACAAUUGUGGACGUUACGUUUAUGGCAGCAAUGGGUCAACCAGGUGGUGGAAGAAACGAUAUACCGUCAAGACUGAAGAGACAGUUUUGCAUAUUUAAUUGCACAUUGCCUGAUAACGCAGCAAUAGAUCGUAUAUUUGGAGUUUUAGGCGAAGGUCAUUACAAUUCAAAGCGAGGUUUCAGUGCAGAGAUUAGAAGUCUAGUCAAAAAAAUAGUACCUCUCACUAGAGUCUUGUGGCAGAAUACAAGAGCAAAGCUUUUACCAACACCAGCAAAGUUUCAUUACGUAUUUAAUUUGAGAGAUCUAUCAAGAAUUUGGCAAGGAAUGCUGGGAACGUUGUGCACGGUCAUUGAUAGGGAACAAGUACUUAUGUUGCUUUGGAAACACGAGUGCGAAAGAGUUUUCAGCGAUAGAUUUACACUCCAAGCAGACAAAGAUUGGUUUAGCAAACAAUUGAUUACAGUUGUAACGGAGAUGCUUGGAGUAUCUUACGUGAAUACGAUCAAAGAAAAUCCAGCUUUUGUCGAUUUCAUGAGAGACGCUCCUGAGCCAACGGGUGAAGAAGGCGAGGAUGCUGAUAUGGAACUGCCUAAAGUGUACGAGCCUGUGUUUGAGUAUCAGAUCCUUCGCGAUCGUUUAGAAAUGUUUUUAUCUCAAUUCAACGAAAUGCAACGUGGUGCAGGCAUGGAUCUCGUAUUUUUUCCAGACGCAAUGUUACAUUUAGUCAAAAUAUCGCGUGUAAUAAGACAUCCUAGAGGUAAUGUUAUGCUGGUGGGCGUUGGAGGAUCUGGAAAGCAAAGUUUGACGAAACUCUCAUCAUUCAUUGCUGGUUACAAAACUCAUCAAAUAACUCUCACAAGAUCGUACAAUGCAACCAAUUUUUUGGACGAUCUUAGAUUUUUAUAUCGAACUUGUGGUGGCCAAGGAAAAGGUACCACAUUUAUUUUCACAGAUCUUGAUAUCAAAGAAGAGGGAUUUCUUGAAUAUUUGAAUAAUAUAUUAAGUUCAGGAGUAAUUAGUAACUUAUUCAGUAAAGAUGACUGGGCUGAAAUAAUAGCCGAGUUGACUCCAGUACUUAAACGCGAAAAUCCAAAGAAAACUCUAAACAACGAGGUAGUAAUGGAACAUUUUCUGCAGAGGACUUGUCAAAACUUACAUGUAGUAUUUUGUUUUUCUCCCGUUGGAGAAAAAUUCAGGAGCCGAGCACAACGUUUUCCAGCACUUAUAUCUGGCUGCACCAUAAAUUGGUUUCAACCAUGGCCUAGAGAUGCUUUAGUUCUUGUGGCUCAUCACUUUUUACACAAUUUUGAAAUAGCCUGCAGUUCCGAGGUAAAAACUGAACUAGUUACUGCACUUGGCUCAAUUCAAGAUAUUGUUUCAGAAACAUCCAGCGAAUAUUUUCAACGUUUUCGGCGAGCAACACAUGUGACUCCAAAAUCAUACCUUAAUUUUAUUGGCGGUUAUAAAAAUAUUUACAAAAUGAAACAACAUGAACUCGGCGAAGGAGCACGACGAAUGGACACUGGUUUGGCAAAACUCGAGGAGGCUUCAAUAUCGGUAGAGAUAUUGAAACGAGAUCUAGCCGAAAUGGAAAAAGAUUUGGCUCAAGCUUCUCAGACAGCAGAAACAGUAUUAUUGGAAGUUACGGAACGAGCUAUGCAGGCUGAGACCUUUAAAAAUCAGGUGCAGAAGGUUAAAGAAAAGGCCGAGCAAUUGGUGGCAUGUAUAGCCGAAGAGAAAGCUUUGGCAGAACAGAAGCUGGAAGCUGCAAAGCCUGCUCUGGAAGAAGCUGAAGCAGCGCUUAAUACUAUCAAACCAGCCCAUAUUGCAACUGUGCGAAAACUGGGCAGACCACCACACCUUAUUAUGAGAAUUAUGGACUGCGUGCUAAUUUUAUUUCAAAGGAGAUUGGGUCCCGUGGUGCCAGAUACAGCUGCGCCAUGUCCCAAACCAUCAUGGGUUGAGUCGUUGAAGAUGAUGGCCAGUACAACUUUCCUUUUACAGCUGCAAAACUAUCCAAAAGACAUGAUUAACGAUGAGAUGAUUGAACUUUUGCAACCAUACUUCAAGAUGGAAGAUUACAACAUGGAAAUGGCGAGAAGAGUGUGCGGUGACGUCGCUGGUUUGUUGUCGUGGACAAAGGCUAUGGCUUUCUUCCAUUCCGUUAAUAAAGAAGUUCUGCCGCUGAAAGCUAAUUUAACGCUGCAAGAAGCAAGAUUAAAAGUUGCGAUGGAAGAUCUCGCUGAUGCGGAAAUAGAGUUAUCCGAAAGGGAAAUGGCUUUGCAGGCAGUUAAAGCUCAGUACGAUGCUGCUGUGUCAGAGAAGCAGAGAUUGACGGACGAUGCAAACGUUUGCUUGCGAAAAAUGACAGCUGCUACGGCACUGAUUAAUGGCUUAGGUGGCGAAAAAAUUCGAUGGACAGAACAAAGCAAAGAGUUCAAAGUGCAACUGGGUAAACUGGUCGGUGAUGUUCUACUAGCUACGGGCUUUCUUUCCUAUUGCGGUCCUUACAAUCAACAAUUCCGUGCUGGUCUUAUAACUUCGUGGAUGAACAUUCUGACUUCAAGAACAAUUCCAUUUACUCAAGAUUUGAAUAUUACAAAUAUGCUAGUAGAUACGGCUACGGUCUCAGAAUGGACUCUUCAAGGCCUUCCGAAUGACGAACUAUCGGUACAAAAUGCCUUGAUCGUUACUAAAUCUUCAUCUUAUCCACUUUUAAUAGAUCCUCAAAACCAAGGAAAGAUGUGGAUUAAGAAUAAAGAAAUGACAAAUGAGCUUCAAAUUACCUCUUUAAAUCAUAAAUACUUUAGAACUCACUUGGAAGAUAGCUUGUCAUUGGGCCGACCACUGCUCAUUGAAGAUGUCGCAGAAGAGUUGGAUCCCGUGAUUGACAACGUGCUUGAAAAGAAUUUUAUUAAAUCAGGCUCGAUAGAAAAAGUAAUCGUUGGCGACAAAGAAUGCGAUGUUAUGCCAGGCUUCAUGUUAUACAUCACUACGAAAUUGCCUAAUCCGGCCUAUAGCCCAGAAAUAUCCGCUAAAACGUCGAUAAUUGACUUCACAGUAACUAUGCUAGGACUCGAGGAUCAAUUACUCGGUCGAGUCAUUCUUAUGGAGAAGGCAGAUUUGGAAGCUGAAAGAGUAGCGCUUUUUGAGUCGGUCAUGACUAAUCAAAGGUCUAUGAAAGAACUCGAAAGUACACUGUUGCACAGAUUAACAUCGUCUGAAGGCUCAUUAGUCGACGAUGAAGCACUGAUCGGGGUCUUGAGAGAGACUAAAUCAACUUCCGAAUCCGUCAAGGAAAAGCUUCAAGUCGCAGCUCUAACGGAAAAGAAAAUCACCGUAGCGAGAGAAGAAUUUCGAGCAGUCGCCGCAAGAGGAUCAAUAUUGUAUUUCUUAAUUGUCGAAAUGAGCAACGUGAACGUUAUGUACCAAAACUCUCUCAAGCAAUUCCUUACUAUUUUUGACAAUUCUAUAACCAAGUCGGAAAAGAGUGCGAUAACAAAUGAGAGAAUCAAUAUUAUUUUGAGACAUUUGACCUACGAAGUCUGGAGUUUUACUUUGCGCAGCUUGUACGAAAAACACAAGCCUCUAUUCACACUGAUGCUCGCCAUGAAAAUUGACUGUCAGCGAGGUCUCAUAACUUACGACGAAUUCAUGUCUUUCAUCAAAGGUGGAGCAUCUCUCGACUUGAACGCUGUUGCGCCCAAGCCAUUCCGAUGGAUCCUUGACAUCACCUGGCUGAAUCUCAUUGAAAUAAAUAAGCUAGAGGUCUUCUCCGAACUAUUGACGAAAAUCGAGUACAGUGAACGAGAGUGGCGAGUAUGGUACGAAAAAGAGAAGCCCGAAGAGGAAGACUUACCGUGUGGAUAUCAAAAGAGCUUGGAUGUUUUUCGAAAACUAUUGUUGAUUAGAUCUUGGAGCCCUGAUCGAACGCUCUCUCAGGCCAGAAAGUACAUAGUUGAAUCGUUGGGAAAGGAAUACGGCGAGGCUAAAAUUUUGGAUCUAGAAGUGACGUGGGGAGAAUCGGAGCCGAGAACUCCGCUCAUAUGCAUCUUAUCUAUUGGCUCGGAUCCGAGCCCGCUUAUCACUGCUCUAGCCAAAGCCAAGUCUAUCCAACUUAGGUCGGUGUCCAUGGGCCAAGGUCAAGAAUUCCAUGCAAGGAAGAUGAUCAACGAUGCAAUGCUCACUGGUGGAUGGGUUCUUUUACAAAAUAUUCAUCUGUCAUUGCCGUUUUGUACGGAAUUGAUGGACGCCUUGGUCGAGACCGAUCAAAUUCACGAGUCGUUUAGACUGUGGAUGACCACUGAAGUUCACGCCCAAUUUCCGAUUGGUCUGCUGCAGAUGGCUAUAAAGUUCACCAACGAGCCACCCCAAGGGAUACGCGCGAGCUUGAAGCGGACGUAUCAGGGCGUCACGCAAGACACCUUAGACUACAGUACUCAGUCACAGUGGCCCCCGCUGUUAUACGCAGUCGCGUUUCUACAUACGGUCGUGCAAGAACGACGCAAGUUUGGCCCGCUCGGCUGGAAUAUACCCUAUGAAUUCAAUCAAGCCGACUUUGCUGCGUCUGUACAGUUCAUUCAAAAUCAUCUCGAUGAUAUGGAUCCAAAGAAGGGAGUGUCUUGGCCGACCGUCUGCUACAUGCUCGGAGAGGUCCAAUACGGAGGUCGGGUAACCGAUGACUUUGACAAGCGGCUACUUACAACAUUCACUCACGUUUGGUUCUGCGAUGUUCUUCUGCGAGCUGGUUUCGAGUUUUAUAAGGGGUACAGAGUUCCUCAAACUCGAAACCUGCAAGGCUACGUGGAUUACAUCAAUAGUCUUCCCGAAGCCGAUACACCUGAAGUAUUUGGCUUGCACUCCAACGCCGACAUCACCUAUCAAAUCAACACCGCGAAGGGCAUUCUGGAUACGAUAUUAAGUGUGCAACCUAAAGAAGGUGGCUCGCAAGGUGGCGAGACCAGAGAGAACAUUGUCUACAGACUAGCCGAGGACAUGCUUACCAAACUGCCAAAAGAUUACAACGCCUUUGAAGUGAAAGAAGCCAUUCAAAAGCUUGGACCCCUGCAGCCUAUGACCAUAUUUUUACGUCAAGAAAUCGACAGAAUGUCGCGAGUAAUCAAGGAAGUGCGGACCACCUUGACGAAUCUUAAGUUAGCCAUUGACGGCACCAUAGUUAUGAGCCAAGCUUUGCGCGAUUCGUUGGAUGCAAUGUACGACGCUCGAUUACCGGAAAAGUGGCUGAAAAUUUCAUGGGAAUCAGCAACACUUGGUUUCUGGUUUACCGAGCUACUCGAGAGAGAUGCUCAGUUCCGACUCUGGUGCAAAACUACUAGACCUACCGUUUACUGGAUGACGGGAUUUUUCAAUCCGCAAGGAUUUUUAACAGCGAUGCGUCAGGAAGUCACACGAAAUCACAAAGGGUGGGCUUUGGAUUCCGUGGUAUUACAAAAUUUGAUUACGCGUUACAACAAAGAGGAAAUCAAGGAGUCGCCACAGGAAGGAGUUUAUGUGCACGGCUUAUUUUUAGAGGGUGCUUCUCUUGAUCGCAAAACUGGUAAACUCGUUGAAAGCAAACCGAAAGUUUUGUAUGAACAGAUGCCCGUCAUUUACAUAUAUGCUAUCAAUACUACUGCGGGCAAGGAUCCCAAGUUAUAUGAAUGUCCAAUUUAUAGAAAGCCUCAAAGAACGGAUCAAAAAUACGUUGGUUCCAUUGACUUUGAAACUGAUCACAAUCCUAGACAUUGGACGCUUCGUGGAGUAGCUUUGUUAUGUGACAUCAAGUAAACGCGAUCGACUUUGUUACUACAAGAUUACUUUAUAAAUGAAUGUUG